UGCCAGCCUCAUCUUCAUUGGCAGUAUCGCCAUCGUGGCAGUCUGUAUCUGUAGCCAUGUAGGCUCAAGGGUAAUGGCCGCGCCGUCGGAGGCACCUGACAAACCAGAGGUCCUUCGGCUUCUGGAGAAAUGGCACAAACCGUCCUUGCACCAUGAUUCUGCAGAGUUGCGCACGCUGGAACGCGUGACUGAAUCAGGCAAGGAGUUUUGGAGGAGGCGGUUUGAGCGCAGCAUUGCUGAAGCAGAUGGGAGGCCGCUUCUGCUGUCGUAUGCUGGCGAUGGCACAAAACUCCGAACGGUGCAUGGUUCCAGCGUCCGGUACAAUUGCAAACGUGCCAGGCUAUGUGGGCGCCAGUUUCUCGAAUACUACGUGCAGCUGUGUUUCCUCGAAUUCGUCGACCCCUCAGGUCGCAAGAAUGUCACGGUCAUGUUUGAUGAGCCAAAUCCCAUGACAGACGGCCAAGGAGCUGCCGCAUCGGCUGCUUUCGCUUUGCGUAUGAUCAUGAACCCGAGGAAAUACGGCCAUGGAGGCCUCAUCAUAUUUCAUUGCGCAUUUGACCGCGCCUUAUUAGCAUCAGUUUCUCGCAUAUUGAAGCAAUGGUGGAAAAAGGAAGCCGUCCAACAAACAGAUAUCUACGAGCAUCCGCCGGACAUUUUGUAUUUGAUGCAGUGGUUUGUCGAAACAGGGUGCAGCAUGCACGACACCCAUAAGUCAAUCGAGUGGUCUUUGUGGACGUGGUACCAUAACAAAUCUCUGAUGAAAAACGUGCACUUGGCCAUCGAAAGCCUUCGCGAUAGCAUGCAACAGUUGAGCGGGUUGACUCCCGAGUGGAUGUGGGACGUUACGGUCGCUCGCUCCGCCGAGGAACUCGACGACCCAGACGAUUUGAAACAUUUCUGGUUGGCGAUGGGCGUGGAGGAGAGCGUCGUGGCCACCCUGGUCAGCUUGCGCUUGCGGUACUUUGGGGGUCGACUCGAGAUCCUUGACACAGGCGAUGCGGGCGAGGACACCUUCACCAAUAUCAAUUUCUGCUUGUUCAGCGUCUGGCGCUUGAAAAAGUUCAAUGGCAGCAGGUGGCAUGCUGCAACCCGGGCUUGCCAGAUGGGCGUCGGAGCAAUAUUUGGCGGGCUGCGCGGACUCGCCAAGCACGUGCUGGACCGCCCCAACGCGCAGGACUUUUACUUGGGAGGCGUGGAGCGGCUCGGUUCGGACGAACUUCACUUCAUGGUGACGGCUGCUACGGCCAGUUUCCCAGCGGGCGCAGUGAUGCAGAUGUUGCUCAGAGAUUCCCGGGUGGCCAUGCACCUGUGCGCUCUGAAGACAACUAUUCGUGAGGCGAUGGAUAAACUUUGCAACUAUGGCGAUGGUAUAUGGGGUCUCUUCGGGAGAGUCUGCAACAUGGCUGGCCCUGAAGUGCGGCACUCGUCCAUUGGCGCGGCCCACGUCGCCAUCGGUUUCAUGAUGUUUCGCUUUGUCUGGAAAGCAGAAGGCGCCCCUUGGUGCAUGGUUCGUGGAGACGUUGAUGCCAAUUUGGACGCUCUCAAACGAGGCCCGAUACCGACCGAACCCAUCACGGAGCAGAUGUGGCAUCUGGACAAAUUCCCUUGGGGGCGGCGUGUCAACAGACAGGGUGUCGCGCUGCUGGCCGACAUACCCUGGGACACGAUUGCGGCGGAGCAUUUGCACGCUUCGGGGGCGCUCCGGGGCAAAUUUCGCCCUGACACAACGUGCGAGGGCCUGAUGGCGAGGGCGUUCAUACACAUGAGUAAGAAGGUCCCCCCAGGCCUCGACGAGGACGAACGCCGCGAAGCCAUGCUACACAAUCGUUUGAAGCGCCUCGAGAAAAGGCGGCCGCAAAGUUACCAGGGGCGUGAGCAGUAUGUGAAGGAACUCGUUGAGUUGUCCAAGGUCCGGGAGGCCCGCAACCUGCAGGCGUUCAACAGGGAACGACUCAAAAAAGCUGCAGAGAAGCCGCCGCUCCGGUUCUCUUCCUGCAAACUGGCGCAGGGUGAUUUCUUGGAGUGGGAUGAGAUCUUCAACAGCGGCGCCUUCAGGGAUGGUCGCGGUCUGGAUGACAUGCGCAAGGCAGCCAGAGAGGCGCCGCCUAAGCUCACCAAGACGUUUCUCGAUGAGCUCGAGGGGUACGCAGCUGAGGAAGAGGGGAAGCACGACAGACCGCCCUGGUUCCCCGCGGUCGUUCGAAACAGGGAGUCGUUUGCGUCGACCAUUUGGGGGCUUCAGACCGGCGGCGAGUGCAAGUAUUACAAGUUUAUCUUCGCAGCGCAGAGUCCCCAGUUCAUCAUGUUCGCCCCACUCGGCGAGAAGGACGCGUACUUCCCCGCGCACGUCAGCAUGUUUGGCGGCAGCUGGGAAGAUGCGUGCGUUUCUCAGUGGCUUCAUAAUUUCACCUUCGGCGCCUUGGAUUUCGCUGCCUGGUUCGACCUCCCCCUGCCAGACGACGCAGCCAGCAUUCGGGUGCUCCGGAAUGCGCAUUAUGCCGGCGGCUACGAUAUCGCGUGCGACGACGUGGGGGGGCCGCUCAGCGCGCUCUUGGCGUCGCUGCCGCGCGCCCCUGUCGCCGAGAACAGGAGCGGCGGGGCAUCGAGCACGCGCGCUUGGAAGGAUGAGUUCCUGAAGCACUGGCCGUGGUUAGCGGGGAAGUUCGAGGAGGAGGAAAGCGAGCGUCGGAGAGCUGCGGGCCGACGGUCAGGCUUGCGCAAGGGUGAGUCGGACGACGAGACACCCGAGGAGCAGCGCAUGAACGACGAGGACAUCGAGGAGAUGAUGGAGCAUCUCCACGCCGUCCGGGAGGAGUGGGAUUUGGGGCCAGAUGCGCCCCAGGAUUUCCUCCUCAAGGUACUGGGCGGAAAAUGGUGCAUGGAGCAUUACGGCGUGCCUUUCGACGCUUUCAAGGGCGAGGCGCACGGGGAGAUGGCCAUCGACUUCGCCGAGAGGUACCUUCGGGGCGCCACCGCACGAUUUAAUAUAUCAUUUUACACAAUACCCGGCGCGCAUUUAUGCGCGGAGACAUGGUGCUGCAAAGCGCAGCAUUUUUUUGACCGGCGGCUCGCGUCGGGCGCCAGGGACUAUGUUUUCACCGAACAAGAUGUCAUGGAGUACACUGAAACUCCGAAGUUUCUUCAGCUCGUCGAGGCGGCUACGGACCCGCGGGCGAAGAAGAG